ACGGAGUCGGCGUCGACAGCGAGUCAUUCCCGCCGCCGCCGUCGCCGCCAUGUCGCCGCUCGCCUGCUCGCUGCUCGCAUUCAUCGCGCUAUUCGUCACCCACGCCUUGUCAAUGCCGAACCCUUUUUGCAGUAAAGUGGAAUUGGGCAACAAAACAAAGGACUUUAUUGAUUUUAGUCUGACUGUUACCGGUGGCGAUGUCACCGUCCCUGACAAAAGUACUAGACCAGGAAGACAGCUAGUGGGCGAAGUAGUCAGCACGUGCAAUACGCCCCACUGGGAGCCCAAAAUAACUCCAGCAAUUAUGUCAGAUUAUGAAUUCAAACCAAACUUCGCUUUGUUUAAUAUUGACUGUCCUAAAAACAUCACCGGCUGUGAUAAACUUGACUUUAAAGUGACGCAGUAUUGGGAAAUGGUCACAGCACCUCAAUAAAUACUUGAAAGACAGUCAAAAUUAUUGUGAUGGGAAUUGGAUUCUUAUCUCGAUUAAAAAUGU